CGUGAAAGGGGCGGGCCGAGGGGCCAGGGCCCGGGCAGCUCUGGGUGUGAAGCUGAGGAGGGGGCAGGGCGACAGCGUGGGGUGCGCCUCUGAGCCGGGAGGGCAGACAUGGGAGGCUUGAGGAGGACGACGAAGGGAUUUAUGGAGUUAAAAUGGAACAGAUUGAAAGGGUCAUGGGCUGAGCAGUGGCUGGUGGGUUUUAGGAGCUCGUUCUGGGGUGAGACGGUUAGGUUUAAGGGGAGUUUAUCGGUGGGGAGGUUUAUGGUGAAAGGUGAUUUCCGGGUUUAUGGAAUAUAAAGGGUUAAGAGGAGUGUGGGGGCUUGUAAACGGAUUAGUGGAAUUCAUAAUGGGAAGUUUUGAGGGCAGAUAAUGGAGAAUGUGAGUUGUGGGGAAUGGUACCUGGGAAUGAAGAGAUGGGCGAUUCGGUGUGGGAACCAUCAGAAGUGGUUAGUGGGGAAGCUGUGAAGAAGCGAAGGACCCCUUUUUUUGUUGUUAAUUAGGCAAAUAUCUUUUAGACACUAUAUUCAGAGCACCGAGCUGGAUGCUGACAUUGUCCCUGUUCUCAAGCUCAUGGUUUGAGGGAGAGAACCUGAGUGCAAAAAACUAAGCAUCAACUGUGAGAAAACCUGUAAAGAAAGGGAUGGCACGCUGCAGGAAACCAGGUGGAGAGAGCACAGUACCUUCAAAGGCCCUGGAGGUGGGAAACAGCGGAAAGAAAGCAGAGCCAGGGACUGAAAUUCCCGAGUUGAGAGCUUGGGCAAAGGCUGGAACUGGGUCACACGGGGCCUACAAGUCUCAGUUGCCCUGGGAAAAUCACAGCAGUUUUAAGACCACUGCCCCACUUACCUCCAUCCACCACUGUCAUUCAGCCAUGAUGGGUAAAAUCGGCUUCACAAGGCAGCCCUUGUCAUUGGGGCCUGCUCAAAUUAUUAGAAAAUAGGAAAGGACUGAAGUCCUUUUGAAGGAUGAGGCCUCGUUGAAUGGGGCCUGUUUCGGGGAGAAUGAUGGUCUGUGAGGGUAGGACCAUGGUCUGGUCGCGUGGACUGUAGUCCCUAGAGUCCUCUACAAAGCCAAUUGAACAGCAGCCCCAGGAAAGAAGAGGCGGAGUAAAAGGUGGACGUAGCAUUCAUUUUGUUCUUCAAUCUUUCUUUCCUUUGAUUCUUCUGGAAUGUCAACUUUUUCUGCAGUUUCAUAACCUCUCCCCGAAAGUUAGGGGGAGUGUCAUCCCACCAUCACCAUGUUCAUUCUACUUCUGGGAGCAUGCUAGGUGCUAGGGAAACCAAGAUGGCUAAGGUAUUUGUUCUCUGCCCUCUUGGAGCUCAUUGAGAAGCAGGGUGUGUGGGAGACUAAUUUAUAAAUAGUUGUCAUAUCAAGAGUAUGCUGAGAAGAGGUAACUCCCUGCACGGAAGAGCUGGACUGGGAGAGGGUGUCUUUGUGUGAUGCCCUGUUCACUAGACUGGUCCGAAAGCAGGGUCUUUGUUGUACUUUCCUGUGUACAGUGGCACCCAGCAUGCAUGUAGUUUUGUGGCACUUAGAUUCUAGAAGAGUUAGCAGGAAAUAGGUUCUUCAUACCCAGGAACCACAGAAGCAGUGCUCUUGGGUUUGUGGAGCUACCCAUGAUCCUUCUGUCCUAGGCAGAGAGUCACUUGAGCUCUGCCCAGCUGUGACCUUCCUCAGGCACUUGUCACCCCAGCACAGCCCCAAGGCUGCUGUUUUUUCUUGUAGCAAUCUCUGAGACUCCCCUAGAUAGGCUUUAGAAUAAAGUGCAGUCAGUCACCUCUUCCUUGCUCUUCUUGAAGGCAGCACUUUUUCUUUUAAGGCUAAGAAAUUGAGUAGUGGAGCUUUGCAUGCUGACAACAAGGCUGUUAGAUAGCUGGUUCUUGGUUUCUUUCUGCAGUAGAAAGACCCCCUAGGACUUUUAUUUUGAGACUUGGAAGCUUAGAAUCUGCCCCUCUUCUUUAGAGGUAGCCUUUAGAAGAACUCAGAGUCCCCUAAGCCCAGACAACAGUCUUUAGUCCUCAGGUGGGCCCUUUGCUCCACUCUGGAGCAAACAGCUUGGGUGGGUCUUUUCCUCACAGUAAACUGUGCAGCCUGGUAGAUUAUCAACCCAGAAGGUUGUGCCAGCUGACUGGGUGAGGCCUUCUCACAGUGUGCCUGCUGACCCCUUCGUAGUCCCUGUAGCUCACCUGGCUAGCAAGAAUUAGCUGUGAGGCCCUCUCAACCUGUUUUGUCCCCUUAAGUAUGUUUAAAGAAGGAGAGCACACCUGCUCUCCUUAAACCUAGAUUGUUCUCUUUCUACGCUAUGAAAGUGCUUGUGCAUAAUUUAUUUUGUCGUUAUAACUAAGUAGUCUUGGGAUAGCGAACUGUGUAUUGUUUUUCCUUUUGAUUAUCCAGAUAGUGGAGGGAUAUCGGGAACUGUAGGAUGUACCAUCUUAGUUUAGAUUCAGCCCAAGUCAGCUGGAGACUUCCUGUGUGAGGGGUGACCUAUCUCCUUGAAUGAUCUUGUGACCUUCUUAGCCUACACCCUGAGCUAUUCCUAGGGAAGGGAUAGUUCCCCGUCUUCUGAUUUGAACCUUUCACUGAUCACGUUCUCAUUCAUUUUUUGUAUGGGAUCAGUAAGGCAGAAAUUUUAAUCUUAUUUGCCAAGGAUUGUCUGAAUAUUUUACUCUAUCAUGCAUAGCUUUAUUUGUUCGUAACAAUAAAUUUUAUAGCACUUUACAGUUUACAUAGGUUAUUUCAUUUGCAUCUCUUCGCUACCUUUCUGAGGGGUUUAGGAGGGUUAUCAGACUAGGGUUGAGGGCUCCUCCGUUAGGAUUGUCAGGCUCCAGAGUUCUUCCUCUCAGGGUCCUUAGCCAGUGGUUGAGUCAUGGGCCCUUUUGAAAAUCAGUUGCAGGCUCUGGGUCCUCCUCCACACCCCAAACUGUGUGCUCAUUCAUCACACCCUUGGGGAUCCUCAAGCCUCAGAUGCCCUGGAGCCUAGAAACAGCCAAUCAUCAGAGGCUGGUGGACUCCUCUAUUGUCCAGUAAUGAGAUUCCUAAGAAGCCAGUAUGAAAACUCUAGAGCUAGGAAUGGCUGAGUGGUGAGUUUUGGAAACCUGAUCAAAAAAUGAAGCAGAAAUGGUCAGCAAUGUCAUCCUGGAGACCCAGGCUCCAUACCUGAUGUUCUGGUAGAAGCAGCUGAAGAGGACUGUCCCUUCUUCCAGUCAUUCUGCAUGUUGGAACGACAGAAAGCAUGCUCUGAAUUGCCAUCGGAUGAAGCCUGCUCUCUUCAGUGUGCUCUGCGAGAUCAAGGAAAAGACAGCGUUAAGCAUCCGUGGCAUUGCGGAAGAGGGUCUCCCCGACGCUCGGCUCAUGAGGCUGGAUAACAUGCUGCUGGCCGAGGGCGUGUCCAGGCCGGAGAAGCGAGGAAGAGGAGCGGCAGCGGCGGCUGGCACAGCAACACCAGGUGGCUGUCCAAAUGGCAAUGGCCUUGAGCACUCUGACUACAGGGCCAAGCUGUCCCAGAUCCGACAGAUUUACCACUCUGAGCUAGAGAAAUAUGAACAGGCCUGCCAUGAGUUCACCACGCACGUCACUAAUCUUCUCCGGGAGCAAAGCAGGAUAAGGCCCGUCCUGCCCGAGGAGAUGGAACGCAUGGUUGGCAUCAUUCACAGCAAGUUCAGUGCCAUCCAGAUGCAGCUGAAGCAGAGCACCUGUGAGGCUGUGAUGACCCUGCGCUCGCGGCUCCUCGAUGCCAGGCGUAAGAGGCGGAAUUUCAGCAAGCAGGCCACAGAAGUGCUGAAUGAGUACUUUUAUUCUCAUUUGAGCAACCCUUACCCCAGCGAGGAAGUGAAGCAAGAGCUGGCCAGGAAAGGCGGCAUCACAGUCUCCCAGGUCUCCAACUGGUUCGGCAACAAAAGAAUCCGGUAUAAAAAGAACAUGGGGAAGUUUCAAGAAGAAGCCAGCAUUUACACAGCUAACACGGUGGCGGACACCACCGAAGGUGGGGGCCCGAGGAGCCAGCCCAGCUGCCCAUCCACACCCAGCUUCGGAUCCUCUGGACACUUCCCACUGACCAGUGCCAGGGACGCGCUCCUCACCCUGCAGACGCUGGCCUCUCCCCGCCCUACCCCUGGAGGAGGCAGCCUGUGGUCUCAGUCCAGGGGCAGCUGGCAGGGGACCACCCCCCCGGUGUCGACUUCUCCAUCUGCUGGAUAUCCCAGCAGUGCCAACUCACAUGCAUCUAAUUAAGUUUUGGGGACGAGCAGAAAAGCAAACAGUGUGACCUGCCGUGGUUUGCCGGCAUUGGUGUUUUUACUGCACGUUGCAGCUCAUUACCUCAGAAAACUCAGAACUGACAGCAGAACGGACUCCCUGAGCCACUGCCCAGGACACCAUGCCAUUUCUUGCUUGUCAGAUGGGAUUCGAAGCGGGAUGAGACACUACUCAUUUUCCCAACUUUUUUUUUAACAGUAAUUUUAUGGCAAGACUAUGAAUUGUCUCUUCUAGGACUUGUCACAAAUUUUCCCAUUAAAAUUUUUGAC